AUGCAUAAGGUGACGGAGCCCAUCCAGUACAUAUCCGACCAGCUGCUGGCGCAGAUUGCGGCGCUGUGCAAGACAUUGCCGAAAGUGGUUGUGGUGGGUGCGGGGCCGGCAGGGCUGAACCUCGCCAGGGGCCUGAAGGGGCACGCUGAUGUCACAAUAGUGGACGGGAAAGGCUACCAUGAGCUCAACUCUGGCACCCUCCAGACGUUCAUCACCCCGCACCAUGGCAAGAAGGUGCUCAUUGACUAUCGAAGCAUUCCGGAUAUAGGCAAAGUUAUCAACGGCAAAGUUGUGUCAGUUCACAAGGGUUACGUCACUGUUGACAACGGGGCUUACACCGGGCAGUGGGACCUGGAGUAUGAUUGGCUCGUUUUGGCGCCCGGUUCGUCGUAUGCGGACGGGCCCAUCAAGACAUUCUGCAGCUCGGCAGAGGAACGCCAGGCGAUGAUCCAGCAAGAACACGCAAAGCUCGCGGCCGCAAAAACAAUUCUUGUCAUCGGGGGAGGUAUUGUCGGCGUGGAAUUGGCGGGGGAAGUGGUGACCAAGCUGCCAGGGAAGCGCGUGGUGCUUUUGACGUCCGGUCCCCGGUUGAUUGCAGACAAGCCGUCCGACAUCGGCGGCCGUGCUAAAGAGUUCCUGGAGCGCCAGGGAGUCGAGGUGCAUGUCAACACCCGAGUGACCAAAACGGGCGAGGGCGAAUACGUGUCCACUAUCGGCCGAACUUUUGAGGCCGACGUUGUAUAUAUGACGGUGGGGGGAACGCCCAACACGCGGUUCCUCGAAAAGGGGAUCAUCCCUCUCGACUCGAAGGGCUUCAUUAUGGUCAAUGAACAUCUGCAAGUCAAGGGCCUACACAACGUAUACGCUAUCGGCGACGCCACGGACGUCAAGGAGACGAAGCUGGGUUACCUUGCGGCCGGACACGGGCGGCUGACGGCGCUGAACCUAAUCCAGCGGUUCCAGAAGGGCGACGCGGCCGCGCAGCAGGCGUGGAUCCCGUUUGGCGGCUUUGAGUUUCUGACCGGGCAGGCGAUGCUGUUUACGCUGGGGCGGGCGGACGGGGUAUCGCAAGGCUGGUUUACGGCCUGGUUAACGAUGAUGGGCCCGGACGGGUGGUUCCCCGGGUGGUUAAAAGCUAAGGAACAGUACACAACGACCACCCGGAGGGGCCUCGGACUGGGGGAGCCCGAGGCCGAUGGACACCCCUUGGUGGAAGCCACGUGAAUAAUAGACGGUUUGUGUGUCCUUUCGCGCUUUUGUAAUCGAUAUUUGACUGUCGGAUACAGCUCGCUCCUAAGGGAUGUGCUCGUAUAUAACGCAGCUUGUCCGCUUGUACAAGUAGGUAGAUAUGGCUCCGCAACAAUAUGGUUAUCAAAUUGUACCAAGGGACUCUGAGCUAGCGUAUCAGUCGUGCAGGAUGUGUAGGGAAUCACAGGAAGACACCGAGGAGCACUUACGGGAAAUCAAUCAAAGAAAUCAUGAAAGUACAACAACAAUGUUCUGCAGAACGCAGCUCGCACUGAACGGUGUUUCUGGCAACAAUUUUUAUGCAUAUCAUCAGGC